GAAAUGUCGGAGAGCGAAUACCGAAGCUCAAUUUCGGUUCGACCAACGUUUAACAGAACAAUGCAAUCCACCGCCACCUAUGGAAGUACUAUUUCUUCUGGAACUAGCCGCACACUCAAGAUCACAGAGAUCGGUGGAUCUAAUCUAACAUCAGGCAUGUCUCCAUUCGGAGGCCAUGCCGCCUCUGCCAUUCGUGAAUCUCGUACUCGCGAGAAAAAAGAAAUGAGUGAACUCAAUGACCGCCUGGCGAGCUACAUUGAGAAAGUUCGAUUCUUGGAGGCUCAAAAUCGCAAGAUGGAGAAGGACUUGAAUUUGCUCCGUGGAAAAUGGGGACACGAUUCUACAAGUGUUAAAGUUAUGUAUGAGACUGAGCUCAGAAGUGCGAAAGACCUGAUCGCCGAUUCUGACAAAGAAAGAGCUCAGCUAGAAGAUCAAAUUAAGAAACUUGUUGAAGAGCUGAACAACUAUAGAAACAAACUUCAUGAGGCUGAAAGAGGUGCUGACGUUACACGUAAAGAGCUUGACAAUGUGCUCGGAAGACUUGGAGCAUUGGAAGCCGAGAUUGAGCUAUUGAAAAGAAGAAUUUCUCUGAUGGAAGAAAGCAUCGGUCAUUUGAAGCGCGAAAAUCAUCGUAUGAUCGACUCACUUCAUCAUGCCAGAAAUGCUGUGGAACAAGAAACUCUGAACCGCAUCGAUUAUCAAAAUCAAGUGCAGACACUACUGGAGGAGUGUGAUUUCAUUCGCAGAAUUCAUGAUUCGGAAAUCCACGAUCUUCUCGCUAUGGCAUCUCGUGAUACUACGGUGGAAAACCGCGAAUAUUUCAAGAAUGAGUUAUCCUCUGCUAUUCGUGAGAUCAGAAGCGAAUAUGAUCAUGUGAGCAACACUACCCGUACUGACAUCGAGUCUUGGUACAAGCUGAAGGUUCAAGAAAUUCACACUCAAAAUUCUCGCAACUGCUUGGAGCAGAAUUAUGCUCGCGAGGAAGUUAAGAGACUCCGCACAACACUUGGUGAUAUGCGUGGAAAGAUGGCGGAUCUAGAAGGAAGAAAUCUUCUCCUCGAAAAACAAAUCGAAGACCUCAACUACCAGAUGGAAGAGGAUAUGAGAUCAUAUGAACAAUCACUGAACGAUAAGGACACAUCGAUCAACAAACUUCGUGACGAGAGCAAGAUCCUGAUGGUUGAGCUUCAAAUGCUCAUUGAUACAAAACAGACUCUCGAUGCUGAAAUUGUGAUCUACCGUAAGAUGCUUGAUGGAGAAGAGAAUCGCGCAGGUCUACGUCAGCUCGUCGAGCAGGUUGUUAAGACAACAUCUAUUCAUCAAACCAAGGAAAUUGAGAGUCUUCGAGUUCUCAAAGGUGAAACGACUAGUCAUUCGUCGUAUUCCAGAUCAGCAAAAGGAAAUAUUGCAAUUCAGGAAGCCGAGCCAUCUGGAAAGUACAUUGUACUGGAGAACAUCUCAAGACGUGAUGAGAACAUCGGAGACUGGAAACUCCGUCGGAAGAUUGCCGGAAAACGCGAAAUCGUGUUCACCUUCCCGCGCGAGUUCACCCUUCGUGCUCAAAAGAGCGUGAAAAUUUUCGCACGUGGGCAGGGAGUUCAUUCCCCACCCGAUAGUCUUGUGUACGACCUCGAAGACUCGUUCGGCACCGGAAACGACGUCGUUACUACUCUCUACAACAAAGAAGGAGAGGACCGUGCUUCCCACAGCCAACGUGCUUCACACACCUAAUUGCAUCAACCAAUUAAAUCCUAUUGAACCCGGAAUUACUCUCGCUUGCCUCAACUCUCUACUUUUAAUGUUUGAUCGAAUCUUGACCCAAGAUACAUUUGUUCUCACCGUUAGCCAUUCCUAUAAAUGUUCGGAUUUUCAGAAUAAACCAAUACUGUUUUGAACCGCCAAAGUGAAACAUUGAUUUUCGUUUCAUAUCAUACGAAAAGCCUUUCAUUUUUUGGCUAACUCUCUAACAUUUCCAUUGCUUUACCAUGUGCUUUUUCCAUCAAUUAACAUUUGUAAACUAUAAACUGCUUAUUUU